AAAAUAUAUCUCCUAAGUCGACGUAAGUUUUUUAUCGCGAGAAAUCUUGAAUGCGAAGUAGGACAUGACUAUGGAUACUUUAAACGAGAAACCUACUUUGAUCCAGAAGAUGAAACGAUUUCUGGUUUCCUUAUGUGGCGAAAUAUGGAAAGUGGGUCGAGAUGAUCCGAGAAGGGCAAUCCACGCUCUCAAAGUCGGGUUUUCUUUAACCUUAGUGUCCUUAUUAUACCUAAUGGAGCCAUUGUUCAAAGGGGUCGACCAAAACGCGAUUUGGGCAGUCAUAACUGUCAUCGUUGUUCUCGAAUUCACUGCUGGAGCGACUUUAUGCAAAGGAUUAAAUCGAGGGUUUGGGACGAUGUUAGCAGCAUCGUUAGCUUUCUUAUUCGAGUUUAUAGCACGAGGAAAUGGAAAUGUUUUUCGUGCUGUUUUCAUUGGAGCUUCGAUUUUCUUUAUUGGCACAUUGACUACAUUUUUGAGAUUUUUCCCCAAAAUAAAACAGAAUUAUGAUUACGGUGUUAUAGUAUUCCUGUUGACGUUCAACUUGAUCACUGUAUCGAGUUAUCGUGUGGAUGAGUCUCUUCUGAAACUAGCCGAAGGGCGGACGUAUAUGAUUGGGGUCGGUUCUGGGAUUUGCAUUCUGAUGAGUCUCUUCAUCUUCCCAAAUUGGUCCGGAGAAGAUCUCCAUAAUCACACAGUUUCCAAAAUUGAAGGACUAGCAAAAUCGAUCGAAGCUUGCGUCACUAAGUACUUCAGUGAAGAAGAACGGAAUGUAGAAAGAGAUGAGAUGAUAUCGGAGGAUCAGAUUUAUGAGAAUUAUAAGGCGGUUUUGGAAUCCAAAUCGACAGAUGACACGCUGGCGCUCCAUGCAAGUUGGGAACCGAGAUACACGUGGCAGUGCCACAAAUUUCCGGGGCAACAAUACGUGAAAAUAGGAAGCGUUCUUCGUCAUUUUGGGUACGGAGUUGUUGCUCUUCGUGGAAGUUUACAAACCGAAAUACGAACUCCAAGAUCAGUUAGACUCCUAUUCAAGGAUCCAUGCAUUUGCCUUGCAUCAAAAGUAACAAAAUCCCUAAUGGAGCUUGCAUGUAGCUUAAGAAAUCGGCAACACUGCUCGCCAGAACUCCUUACCGAGUCGCUUCGCCAAGCACUGCAAGACCUCGACACAGCUUUAAAGUCCCAACCAAGACUCUUUGUCGGUACAAAUACCCCUUACAACACGUCCGAAAUGCUAUCCACACUUGCGUCAACAGAGAGACAUAAGUUUGAAAACCAUUUAUCAAGCAUAAACACAGACGCACCUACCUCUAUAGAUAGGAAAACCAAGGGGGUUUCUGAGGGUGAGAGGAGGGUUUUGAGGCCAACAUUAAGUAAGUUUGCGAUCACAAGCUUGGACUUUUCUGAAGCGCUACCAAUUGCUGCUUUUGUGGCCUUAUUGGUUGAGUUAGUCGCUAGACUUGAUCUUGUGAUUGAGGAAGUUGAAGAAUUGGGGAGGGUGGCUUGUUUUAAAGAGUUUAAACAUGGUGACAAUGUGAUUUUAGAUAUUGACACGAGAGCGAAAAGGGAGAUUAAUCUUCCUAAUUUUGCCUCUACGGAGUGAGUUGAAGGGCAUAAUGGUCAUUUGAAUUGUUGGUAUGAAUACGAGUGUUAGUGUAUCUCACAUCGGUAGGACACAAUCCUAUAAAUAAAUGUCUAUAUAUGUUGGAUUCACUCGGCUUAUAUAAAUACUCUUUUAGAGAAAAAAAAAUCAAAGACUCCACAUAUAUCUUAAAAUAAUAAUCUUGAUUGUUCGAUGCCACCAAAACUGUAAAGAAAAUGUAGUUUUGAUCGCUUUUGGUGGUUUCAUUGUAAAGACGAAUUUGAAUUAAUAAAAUUGGGUG